UACUAGGCAUUUCAUCCUGCGGGUCUGCAGUCUUCUUUGCUCUUCAGGCUGUUGCUCAAUUGGAAUGCUUCUGUGGGUCCGAUCCUGAGGUUCUAUAGAUAUUUUUAAGAAUCUACUCACUUGUGAAUGUCAGUGGCGUUUUGCAAGAUCAUCUGAUGAACAGGAAAGCAUCUGAAAUCUACUGAAAAAGGAUAACUGUAGCGGUUUUCACAGGGGAAGGAAACUAUAUUGGCACAGAAGCAGAUGAUUGAAUAAAGUAGUUGGCCCAGAAGAUGCACAGUCUGCUGUUUUUUCCUUUGAAUGAAGACUAUUUUAUGGGAGCUGUAUUCAUGUGGAGAUCAAAGGAAACACUGGAAUGAUAAACUGGUUUUUUUUUCUUUCUUUUUUUUUUUUUUUAAAAAAAAAACACAAAAAGCUGAAGCAGUAAUUUGAGCUCAGAUGCCUUCUAAUUCCUUCACAGCCUGCGUGUUGUAUUAGGAUUCUCCACUAACACCAUUUCUGCCUGGUGCCUGUGCCCUUUUGCUGGAGCAGCCACAGUCAACUGCCUGAGGGAGAAAGAAUGAACGCUCUGCCUUGCUUAAGCUAUCGAUGAGAAUAAAGCUAUCUGUGUUUCUUCUAUUAUAUGGGAAAUCUGGAUUAAUCAAGCUGUAUUCUAGUACCAAGAGUCCUAUUGUCUCUUGUGGUCUGACUCAUCACAUGUAAAUGUACUGCAGCUCUGCUAUUAAUGCAGAGUGCUUUUUUUCUCCCUUUCCUAAACACAGAAAGAAUUGUCAACCUCUGAGCUUCGUUUUCGGGAUUUGUGCUGAGCUCUAGAUCUUUUUUUUUCUGGAUACUAUUUGUAAUAAACCAGUGAAGCUAAAGAAAUGAAGACAAAUUAGAAGUGGAAACAGAAUAGUGAGAUUUUAUUUUUAUUUUCAAUUAUAAGCAAGCCAGCUUCUGGUAACUAUAUGACCUUGCGGGCAGGAGUGUAGGUAUAGCUGUGAUCAUCUCUGUGACUGCACUUGUUUCUCAUUGCAUUCUUCAUCGGGUGGUGUUUGUGCCAUCAAAAACAAUGAUCAUUUUGUCAAGUAAAUUUCAGAGAUAGAGCAAUAUGACUAUUUUGGUAGGGAAAAAUGUUUUUAAAUGAGCUUAUACUGGACUCAGAUUUGAUUAUUGACAUGUUGAUGUGAAAUUUCUUUUAAGUAUUGCAGUAACCCAACAGAAAAUAACAGAAUUUUAUUAUUUUUAGGAAGUUACAAGUUAUGUAGUCAUAAUUUUAAACUUCAGUUUUUCCAGUAGUACUUAACUUUAAAAAAAACAGCUGCUCUGUUCAGAGAAUGUUCAUAAGUAUUGUACAGAAAAGGAAAAACUACUUGUGCUCUUCCAACUGUGACUUUUAUCACAUAGCUUGGAAUUUAGCAUUUUAAAAGAGCGAAUGAGUCGAGUGUGUAUUGUUGUUUUGGAGGAGGUAGAAGAUGAAUCUCCUGCAUUCAUUUCUAAAUUGCCACAGGAAAACAAAUCCCUACCUUCUCUACCUUCUGGAAAUGUAUUGCCAUCCCUGGUCCAAGCAAUAUUUAAUGGAGAUCCUGAUGAAGUUCGAGCACUAAUAUUUAAGAAAGAAGAUGUUAACUUUCAGGACAAUGAAAAGAGAACCCCAUUGCACGCUGCUGCCUAUCUUGGAGAUGCAGAAAUCAUUGAACUGCUUAUUUUAUCUGGAGCUAGAGUUAAUGCCAAAGACAGCAAAUGGUUGACACCUUUACACAGAGCAGUUGCAUCUUGUAGUGAGGAAGCAGUUCAGGUACUUCUGAAGCAUUCUGCAGAUGUUAAUGCUCGAGACAAAAACUGGCAAACCCCUUUACACAUAGCUGCUGCUAAUAAAGCUGUAAAGUGUGCCGAAGCUUUGGUACCUCUUCUGAGUAAUGUAAAUGUAUCUGAUCGAGCAGGGAGAACUGCAUUACAUCAUGCAGCUUUCAGUGGACAUGGUGAGAUGGUCAAACUACUGUUGUCUAGAGGUGCCAAUAUUAAUGCUUUUGACAAGAAAGAUAGGCGUGCUAUCCAUUGGGCAGCAUAUAUGGGUCACAUCGAAGUAGUGAAAUUACUCGUGGCACAUGGAGCUGAAGUGACAUGCAAGGAUAAGAAGUCUUAUACACCUCUUCAUGCGGCAGCCUCUAGUGGAAUGAUCAGCGUAGUCAAGUACCUUUUAGAUCUUGGAGUUGAUAUGAAUGAACCAAAUGCCUAUGGAAAUACACCUCUUCAUGUAGCCUGCUAUAAUGGACAAGAUGUUGUAGUGAAUGAACUUAUAGACUGUGGUGCUACUGUAAAUCAAAAGAAUGAAAAAGGAUUUACUCCUUUGCACUUUGCUGCUGCAUCAACACAUGGAGCAUUAUGUUUAGAGCUUCUAGUUGGCAAUGGGGCCGAUGUCAAUAUGAAGAGUAAAGAUGGGAAAACCCCACUGCACAUGACUGCCCUCCAUGGUAGAUUCUCCAGAUCACAAACCAUUAUCCAGAGUGGAGCUGUAAUCGACUGUGAGGAUAAGAAUGGAAACACCCCUUUGCACAUAGCAGCACGAUAUGGCCAUGAGCUGCUAAUCAACACUCUUAUUACAAGUGGUGCUGACACUGCAAAGCGUGGCAUACAUGGAAUGUUUCCUCUCCAUUUGGCAGCCUUAAGUGGUUUUUCAGAUUGCUGCAGGAAACUUCUCUCUUCAGGAUUUGAUAUAGAUACCCCAGACGAUUUUGGCAGGACCUGUCUACAUGCAGCUGCAGCUGGAGGGAAUUUGGAGUGCCUAAACCUUCUGCUGAAUACUGGUGCAGACUUCAACAAAAAGGACAAAUUUGGGAGAUCUCCACUACACUAUGCUGCUGCCAACUGCAAUUACCAGUGCCUGUUUGCUCUUGUGGGAUCAGGAGCAAGUGUGAAUGACCUUGAUGAAAGAGGCUGCACGCCCCUGCAUUAUGCAGCUACAUCAGACACAGACGGCAAGUGCCUGGAAUACUUACUAAGAAACGAUGCAAAUCCAGGGAUUCGCGAUAAGCAGGGAUACAAUGCAGUUCAUUAUUCAGCUGCUUAUGGUCACCGUCUGUGUCUUCAGCUGAUUGCAAGUGAAACUCCUUUAGAUGUUUUAAUGGAGACCUCGGGGACAGAUAUGCUGAAUGAUUCAGAUAAUAGAGCAACAAUAAGCCCUUUACAUUUGGCUGCCUAUCAUGGUCACCAUCAAGCAUUGGAAGUGUUGGUACAGUCUUUGUUAGAUCUUGAUGUGAGAAAUAGUAGUGGAAGAACACCCUUAGAUCUUGCAGCAUUUAAGGGCCAUGUUGAAUGUGUGGAUGUACUCAUUAAUCAGGGAGCCUCAAUUUUAGUAAAAGAUUACAUUUUGAAGAGAACACCUAUACAUGCAGCAGCCACAAAUGGUCAUUCAGAAUGCUUACGGCUAUUAAUAGGAAAUGCAGAACCACAGAAUGCAGUAGAUAUUCAAGAUGGAAAUGGACAAACGCCUCUGAUGCUGUCUGUUCUUAACGGGCACACAGACUGUGUUUACUCACUGCUAAACAAAGGAGCAAAUGUAGAUGCCAAAGAUAAAUGGGGAAGGACAGCACUGCAUAGAGGGGCAGUUACUGGCCAUGAAGAAUGUGUAGAUGCAUUACUUCAACAUGGUGCUAAGUGCUUACUUCGAGAUAGCAGGGGCCGGACACCUAUACAUUUGUCAGCUGCCUGUGGACAUAUUGGUGUUCUUGGAGCCCUUUUGCAGUCAGCAGCAUCCAUGGAUGCAAAUCCAGCCAUAGCAGACAAUCAUGGAUAUACAGCACUUCACUGGGCUUGCUACAAUGGUCAUGAGACAUGUGUAGAACUUCUUUUAGAACAGGAAGUUUUCCAGAAAACUGAAGGAAAUGCUUUUAGUCCGUUGCAUUGUGCCGUGAUAAAUGACAACGAAGGUGCUGCUGAGAUGUUAAUUGAUACAUUAGGUGCCAGCAUUGUGAAUGCCACAGAUUCAAAAGGAAGAAGUCCUCUUCAUGCAGCCGCCUUCACAGACCAUGUAGAGUGUUUACAGCUGCUGCUCAGCCAUAAUGCUCAAGUCAAUUCUGUGGACUCUUCUGGGAAAACGCCUCUUAUGAUGGCUGCAGAAAAUGGACAAACAAAUACAGUUGAGAUGCUGGUUAGCAGUGCUAGUGCAGAUCUGACUUUACAAGAUAAUAGUAAAAAUACCGCCCUCCAUUUGGCUUGCAGCAAGGGUCAUGAAACUAGUGCCUUGUUAAUACUGGAAAAGAUAACAGAUAGAAACCUCAUCAACGCAACCAAUGCAGCCUUGCAAACACCUCUGCAUGUUGCUGCCCGAAAUGGGCUAACAAUGGUGGUUCAAGAACUUCUGGGGAAAGGAGCAAGUGUGCUUGCAGUAGAUGAAAAUGGCUAUACCCCAGCUUUGGCCUGUGCUCCCAAUAAGGAUGUGGCUGAUUGCUUGGCUCUCAUUUUGGCCACCAUGAUGCCUGUCUCAUCAAGUAGCCCUUUAUCAUCCCUGACAUUCAAUGCCAUUAACCGUUAUACCAACACCUCAAAAACAGUCAGCUUUGAAGCCUUGCCCAUCAUGAGGAAUGAACCUAGCUCCUAUUGCAGUUUCAACAACAUUGGUGGGGAACAGGAGUACUUAUACACUGAUGUGGAUGAGCUCAACGACUCCGAUUCUGAGACCUACUGAGAGGCUGAGCCGGGGGUCUAAGGGAGUUUGGACACUAAAACUGCAAACUGUGCUUUUUCAGGAAAAAGGCACUUUCAUAUUCACAUAAAAAUUCAACCUAAGAGGAAAGAUCGCACAGUGAGCCGAUAUAAGAAAUGUGAUGACAUUAGGAAGAAGAGUUUUAAAGGCAAGUUUUACAAAAGGAACUUUUAGAAUCUUGAAAUAGACUUGAUCAGAGAAAAACAGAUUGUUGUCAAAUUGCUUUGUGGAAUUGUUUAUUUGAUUUUGCAGCGUCAUGAAUAAUUUGGGACACUGUGCACCCUAACCUGCUUAUACAAGCAACACUAUUGUAAAAGAAGAAAUAAGGACACUAGAUUUUAAAUUUUAUCAAUAAAAUUACAACUAAACUUAAAGGCAAUAAAAGUUUGGUACAGUAGUCAUUAUGUGCACAGCAAAUUGCCAAAGGACCAAAUAACUUAAAGGUUUUUUAAUAGAAUGCCACUUUGUGGAAACCGAAGUAGGUGAAAUGAAACAUUACCUAAACCAAACUUUAAUAGUUCUGGAAAUGAAGCUGAGAUUGGUUUUAAAUGUUGAUUUUUUUUUUUUUAAGAAAACAUCUGAAAGCCUUUCAAUUCCAUGAAAAAAAGCAGAUGUAUUUUUACAUUUUUUUCUUUUACAUAAAAAUUUCAAAUUUUUAUAAUAUUAGAAUUAAAAACCAGCUGACUGGGUGCAGUAUGAGUGAAAAUACUUGUGACAGAGACAUUGAGUCAGAUUAGGGUCGAGCUGUUGCCCAGUUGUGAAUGCUUCGGGUUUUAAAUUGAACCAUUUUUGUUUAAAAAUGUAAAGAAUUUCCUAGGAAAAAAAUUCAUGAAAUCAGAAAGUAGAUUAUUUCACCCAGUUGCAGCUAAGUUGUAAUGGAGUUUUCAGUCUUACUGCUUUUGAUGGCACACGUUAGUCACUUUACAUUACUUUUGUGCUCCCCAAAAUGGGUUGGGGGAUUUUUGUUGUUGUUUAUUUUUGUUCUUUGGGUUUUGAAAAAGUGAUGACUCAAAAGGAAAAAAUACCUCUUGUUAUUCAUAAGUUAAACAUCUUUAAGUCUCUUGGAAGGCAUUUCUAUAUUGGGCAAGAUUUAAAAUACUGAAGCCUAGUCAUAUUUAAAAGUAGUAUGUUUGGAACCUGUUAUUAUUUGGAGAGAGAAACAAUUGCCUGCCAAAUUGAAGACUACCUUUCAAAUAAAAAAGAGAUAGAAAAGGAUGACAUUUAAGCUUUUAAAUAACAAUCUAUGUGGUUCUGCUUUUACUGUAACUGUCACUUCCCAGUAAAAAUGAUUUCACAUAUGUAGGGAUCUUGCAGGUCUAGGUAAAGUUCCAUAAAUUACAGCAAAAUGAUACCCAUUUUCAUUUUAUCCUUUUUGUAUUGUGAAACUGGAAACUUUAUGACAUUGUAAAUUAUCAGCUGGUUUUUCUGAAUAUAAAGUGUGAAAACACAGAACAGUAUUUUGAUCUAUUUGAUAAUUUUGUGGGUUUUUUGAAGAAUUAAUGAGCAUGUACAUAGAAAUAGUGACUGCUUGAAUACUGUAUUUACUUGCACUCUUUCAGUACAUCAAAAUUCCUGUAUAUUUUAGAGUAUAAUAAAACACAGAUGUGAGCUGUAUUUAAUGAAUAAGUAUUUGUAUCUGUGCAUAUUAUCUAAAAAUCUAUAAAGUUUCUAGGGCAUUGACUACUAGAUUUUAAGCAUUUUUCUAAAAUAUUUACAGAAAUUAGAAAUGUAAUCUGCCAUCUUUUAUUUGUAAUAUAAAGAAGUCAGAAUGAACCCUUCCUAAUUAUUAGUGGUAGGAAGGUGAAUAUGCAUUUUAAAGACAGUGGACUACUUUUCUAUUGUACCUUUUAAAAAAAAAAUUCAAGCGGAUUCUAAAAGUAUACAUAUGUGUGCUUUCUCUUUCCUUUUAGGAAUUCUCUUCUGAAUUCCCUGGGGGAAUUUUCUAGAAUCUCAGAAUUGAAAGAGACCUGAGGUUCAUCCACUCUCUAACCUCUUAACAAAUGCAGGAGUUCCUUCUACAAGGGUGAUCUUUCCACCUUGAACACUUCCAGUGACUCUACCUCACCAAGCAGUCCAUUCAGUUGAGCAGCUCUAACUGUUAGAAAGGUCUUCCUUAGAUGGAGUUGAAGCCUCCCUCCGGGUAACCUCUGUCCUUGGGUCCGGGUCUGUCCUCCGAGAGAACCCUGAGAAUGUUGGAAGGAUGAAUCUCGCACGCUCUGCCAUGUCUUCUCUUUUACAGGCCGUUUGACUCCCCUGCUGAAGUGAUUUCCAGAAGGACUCAUUUGGCACACUAUUAGAGUUACCACAUUUAAUGAAAUCCAAGGUGUAGCUAUAAAGUAAUGAGCUGUUUUUAAUUUAUCCUUACACAUACCAGAACUUCGAUCCUGCAUCUCUUAUAUGUAACUGAUGCUGUUAUCAAAAACAUUUGUGAGGUGGUUCUUGCAGUUGCCAGCCCACUGGGAAAACUGAUUUCAUUGCUUUGUAAUCACAUCUGUGAGUCUAUCCCCCACCUUGAUCAACCACUGCACCCAAUGAGUUGAAAUCUUGAAGUGCUGUCCCAAAUGGUAUUUGAACAAUACCAGUAUUGUUGGAAUAAGUAUGUGGACUACUUGAAUGAACACAGCACCGCAGUAAGUUCCUUUAUAGUUACACCUUUGUAUGUCAAAAGCAUUCGGGCCCUGUUCUAUAGUGUUUUUUUUACCCUCACACGGAGUAGAAAAGCCUGUUUGCUUUCUUUAACUUCUGCAUGAAAGGUAACAUCUGAAAUAUCUGAUGUGUAUUAUAAUAAUGCCAGCUUCUGCUCUAGAACUACUUUAGGGUGUAAAUGGUGGUGAUAGCAAAUGACCCCGUUUAACAAGACACUCAACUCAAACAGUGCCAUUUAGUUCAGGAGAUCUCCAAGUAUAGCUGUAAAUUUGGGGUUUAAUUUGGCUUAUAUUGGACCUUUUAAAGAAAUAAAGUUUUUUAAUGCAAUA